AGGUAGACGUCAGCCAAGGCGGCGGGGAGCUGACCUAGCGAGUGGAGCAGCACGCCGAGCAUGGAGCCGAUUACGGCCUGGAGCGAGGAGACGGUGUGCCAGUGGCUCCAAGGUCUGGACGCACCCUUGCAUCGGUAUGCCUUGUCAGAGUGGCAUCUCUCCGGCCUGGAUCUGCUCCAAUUGACUUCGGAGGACCUGGAGAGGCUGGGAGUGUCCAAGAUCGGCCACCAGGAGCUGAUAUUGGAAGCCGUGGAGAAGCUGUGCUCCUUGUCAUUCGACGACAGUGGGGAAAACCUGCAGGUCCUGACGGAGAAGCUGCGAUUCGUGGCCCACAACUUGCAAAUGGGCAUCCAGAGUCGCUGGCGCCACAACAGCUACGACGGGCAGAGCGCCACCAAGCUGUCCACCAGUGUGUUGCACGCAGUGUUGGAGCUCAUCGCCUCCGCCAAAGGGCUCUUCUCAUUUUUGAACAGGUAUCAGCUCUCCCAGGUGAGCGCACGCACGACCAGCAAGAAAAUCUUGAGCCAGUGCAAAGAACUGGGGAUGAUUGUGCAAAAGAAACGUACAAGCGUCUACGAAAAAGAGAAGGACAUCAUCUCUGUGUGCCGUCAAUUGGUGGUGGUGUGCGACGAGAUCCUGAGCUGCAGUCCGCAAGCUCUGCUCACCAAUACCACACAGCUUGAGAGUGUCGACCUGGUGCCCGCUUCACCCGGAGACCAGCUGGGCAUCGAGAUAACAUCCAUUGGCUCCAGUAACCACUAUGUGACCGGAACUGCAGCAGAGCCUUCAAGUGAAGUCGCAAAGAUCCUGGCUGGAGAUGAAGUGAUCAAAGUCAACAAUCAGAUCGUGGUGGGCUGGAGCAGGGCUAACCUCGUGAAGAAGUUACGGGAGAAUCCCAGCGGCGUCAAUCUGGUCAUAAAAAGGUCUUCGGGCUCACUGUGUCGCAGAGGCCCAGGCCAGUGCUCCUUCACUGCGCAGGAGGAGGACUGCUACAAAGAGGAGAGUUCGGAGGAAGAGGAAGAAGAGGGCGAAGAAGACAAUCCGAGGCACUCCAUUUUUGAGAGGGUAGCAGCUUCAGUCCGGUCCCUGUCUUUCAGGAGAGCCGUUCUAGGGCCAGAGGUGACUGAGGACCCUAUGGGACAGGAAGAAUCAGAGCUGUCCACCGAUAAGGAGCUGGAAGGCAGGCUCACUCCGCAAGCCGCUCCAUCGUCACAGUUAGUCUCAGGAGAAUUUGAAAGUUUGGCCGGUUCGAGACUUUCCCUGGGCCUCAACCAGACAAGGGACCUCUCGCCCUCAUCACGAAGCACUUCACCCUUCGAAUUCUACCGAAGUUCUUCACUGCAGGCACUAAACCAGGAGAGAGCGAGUGUCAGUUCCUGUCCCGAAAUGGUUGGCCACACGGGACACCAGGAGACAAAGAAGAGUUCAACCAAAGGAAUGACAGCGGCCCUUAGUCGCCGCCGCGUGUCCUGUCGAGAGCUGGUGCUGCCCGACUGCGACGGCUGGCUGUGGAAGAAGAGGAAGGAGAGCAGCGUCUUCAUCGCCCAGAAGUGGCAACGCUUCUGGUUCGUCCUCAAGGGGCCGUCCCUCUAUUGGUACACCAGCCAACAGGACGAGAAGGCGGAGGGAUUUGUCAACAUCGCAAGUUACAUCAUAGAGAGCGCUGGCGAGCACAAGAGAAAAUAUGUGUUCAAAAUGCGCCACCAGCGAUUUCACAACUUCUUUUUCGCUGCCGACAAUGUCAGCGACAUGAGCAAGUGGAUAAACUGUCUCAUCAUAGCAAUUCAGAAACAUAAGAAGUUCAGUCCGGGCCCAGACAGCGAAGAAGAGUGUUACAGUGAGACAGAAUCCGAGACUGAGGUAUCCCCUUCGCCCCGCAGGAGAAAUAAGAAAGUGCAGUCCAGCACCCUACCUCGCUCCAAGCGCAAGACCAACACUAAGGUGCCGUUGCCAAGUCCGACAACAGGGGGCAGCAAAGCCGCCCCAGAAGACGAAAUGGGCAAAAUGUUGAAUAACAUCAAGGAAGGAGGCGUGUCCCUGAUGGGCCAAGAGCAGCCGUUUACACACGAUCACUUCAGGAGGUCGUUCAUCCGGCGCAACAAGAACCCCGUCAUCAAUGAGAAAGCGCAUACUCUCCGUGCCCUGCAGAGCACCCUGAAGGCCAAGGAAGCUGAAUUACAGCAGAUCAACAAAAUUCUGGAAGGUCCUGCCGUGACAGCCUCAAAAUACCGCCAGUGGAAGGAGCAGAACGAAGAACUCGUUCAGGAAAUCGAGAGACUGGCCUCUCUCAGGGCCUCCAAAGUCGGAAAUGCCGACACCAGCGCCACCGACGUUGCGCUGCGAGACACGCCUGGCGAUGAGGUUGCUGUAGAAACGGUUGCCACGGAAACAAGCGCUGCGGAGACAAAAGGCGCAUACAGACUGAAACUCAGCGACGGAGAGGAGCUGGUUGACGCCGAGCCCUCAGAUGUUCUCCUGGAGCUCCCUCAGGGCUCUCCAGUGGAAGAGCGAAGCAGUCUCGGUUUGGAACUCUCGUUGGGCUCUCUGCAGGAAUCCAUCAACAAGCAGCUGAGUGAGAUGAGGGAGAGCGGAGAGCCGUCCGACUCUUAUUUUUACAUUUAAACACAUCUACUGUAGUGUGUGACAAAGAGACACAGGGAAGGACCUUUGUCAGUCCAGAAAGAUUUCCUUCCGAGCCACUUUUACGCAGCCUGGAAAAGCCAGCUAUCAACAGCAUUGCUGUAUCAACAACUACAGAAUGGUGGUGACAAAGUCAACUCGCAGGUAUCAGGUUGGAGAAAAUCAUAAGCCUAUUUUGACAAAGUAAGGAGUUGAAAGUGCAGAUCUGUUUUCAUAUCAACGACAAUUCAGAUUUCUGCAUCACUAGCAGAUAUAAUCGGACGGAUUUCAGCAAUAUUGCAGUGGUGAAAAAAAAACAAGAGUUUUAGUAAUAUUCUUCAUGUGCAUUUGAAAAGAGUGUUGAGUCAAAUAUAAAACAGAUUUUUUUUUUUUUUUGCUGAAUCACUUUGGGCAAUAGUACUUUUAUGAAGACUCAAGAGUGUUGUAAUCAUCUCGGUUUUAUCGGAGUUAAAAGGAAAAAAAAAAUGAAAGCCAUCCAUUGUUUAAUUUCCGUAAGGCACACCUUUCAAUUACAGGAAUUGUGCAAGUUUUUAUAUAAUUGGGUAUCAGUGACAUAGCAGUGAAAACAAAUUUUAUUUUUACAUAUAAUGUCACCACGUGGAAGCAUGUAGGUGGUAAACAAUCGAGGGCUAAGAACUGAUCUCUGCAGGACUCCACUUGUAACGUUACAAAACUCAAAAGUCGCAGGUCCAUGAAUUACACGUUGUGUCCUCUCGAAAAAAGAAAAAAUCGGACAUUUGUUGUUGGGGGGGAUAAAAAAACUCUGGUACAGCAAGGAUAUGUUUGUACUUGUGUUCGUACUCUGCCCCGGUACGUACGUAUGUUGUCAAGCACUGAUUUUUAUACCUCCGUAAACUGUAUCUAAAGCAGCCAGAACAAAUGGUCCGACAGAAAAUGACAUGGCAGGAUGCAUGCGAGUUUUACAACUGCUGUCAGGUUCUGACCAGACAUAGGGGAGUCACUCCCUUAUAAUCUGUUUAACCCACACGUGGCUUUUAGGACUACGGAACAUAACUGGGAAAAAAAAGUUAAAACUGUAUUCAUUAUCCUCACGCCUAUCCUUUUCUUCAAUUUCCUGCUUUGGCGGGGUUCUUAUUGUCAUGCUAUACUUAAUCAUGACUUGGUGAAGUGGCAUGUGGCACAUUAUCCGAGUUGGCUUGGAAUGUCCCCAUUCCAAGAAUGGUGGUACCUCGAUUUGCAAGUACUAGACGGAGGUAGCCAAAUCCACAACAUGCAACAGUUUGGCAGAUAACGUAGACGCCACAGGCUUGCUUCAAGCUGUCGAGUGCCACUCCCAGUUGAGGUUUACUGAAAAAGUCAACAUAAAAACAGAGACAAUGGUAUGACUAUUAUCACUGCGACUUCUGAGCAGUUGUGACUGUCGUCUUCUUGUAUAUACGCAUACAUACGUACACGAGAAGAAGCUGCACAACAAAUUAAAUCGUGGGAUCAUGACAUGCAAACUGUUUAAUUCAAUAGAUUCAAUUUUAUGAUGUAAUGACUGGAUGCUUUUAUGAAGUACAGUAAGUACGAUUGUUUAAUGCAACGGAUUGAUGGUAUUUCCAUUCAUUUCAAUGGGGAAAAAUGAUUUGAAAUGCAAGUGUUUUGGUUUAUGAGCGUUGACAUGUAACAAACUCAACUCCCUAGUCAGGGCACCACUUUAAUUGUAAAGUUGUUGUUUUUUUUCUGCAAUGAUGAGACAGUUCAAUGUUUGUAAAUGGGACAGUAGAAGACUGUAAAUUGCAAUCCAUAUAUUUCUGUAUCCUGGCAAAUUUUGUGGGAUCUGUGUGUGUAAAGAGGCUUUAUUCACAUUUGCCUGUAAUUUUUAUUUUUUUUUAAGACCUUCACUUGCUGUAGUUUACAUUUUGAACAAGUUGCCAAUUGUCAGUAUAAAAAAAUGUAUUUAAUUCCAUUGAUUUUGUAAGUAAAUAUGUAACAUAGGACAUGCCUUUUAAAAUGUGAUGUGUAAAUAGUUUUCAAGACGUGCUACAUGUGCCCGUUAAUUGACCUUUGGAAAUUUUUGCACAGAUAAUGUACAUGUCAAUCACUGCCAAGGUAGUGUUUUUUUUUUUCUUCACAUUUGUCCUUUUGAUGUACAAAUGGAUUUUAAUAAAUGAGGAUUUAGUGAAAUAAGUGAAACUAUUUAAUUGCUCCACGCAGAGUGAAAUAUUUCAUGAUUUGAACAAAUACCCACAAUUCACCAUCUGCUGAAAUUGCAAUUUUGCAUAGGAAGCACAUUAAUGAGCUAAGAAAUGGCCUUCUGGGAUGUAUUUCCCUAUGUGGUUGUUGACGAAAUCCGUGUAAUAAAUGUUUGGAUUGAAUAACCGUCAAGACAUUUCCUACCCUAGGCAGAUUUAUUGUGAUGUGUUUGUAUUUGUUUAUCAACCAUACGGUGACGUGUAUAAAAAGCGGACUGGCUCAUUUUCACAGUGUGAGUCAUCUCAUAAUAAAAAAUUUAAAAAAAAGAGCGUCAUGAUCA